UAAUUUGCACGAGCCGGACACCGAUAUACAUCACAGCUCUACUGAAGCUUCCGCGCACUUCAAAUAUGGCAGACACUGCUACCACCAACGAUGCGGACGCUGCCGCCCAGCGAGCUGCGGAGCAAGCGCGGCUGCGCAAGGAGCGCAGAGAAGCAAAAAUCAAGGCUGGAGGAUCUGCGAGGUUGGAGAGAAUUACCGGUGCAGGCGGCCGUGUUACUGGAGACUCGGGGACUACAACCCCAUCCGGUCCAGAUGCCUCCUCAACCGCACCAGCAGCUACCGAGCACCACGAUCCCGCCGAAGUCGACAUCUCGGAGCACUUCUUCGCCCCCAAGAAGACGUCCCGCAAACCGAUCGAUGGCGUCUUCUCUCCCAGCCCCGAGCCGUCGCUGUCCGAGGCCCAGCUGCGCCAGAUGAUGCUCGGCCUCGAUCGCCCCGAACAAGCCGGUCCUCCUGGCGGCAAUCCAGCCGGCAUGAACCUACCUCCAGGCAUGGAAGACGACCCCAUCAUGAAGAUGAUGUCGCAAAUGAUGUCCUCGGGCUCGAUCCCAGGCUUUGGCGGUGCCGAUGGAGCUCCCAACCCCUUUGGCAACAUGCAAAUGCCACAGCAGCAGGCCCCCGUCGAGCUGCCCAAAUCUUCAUCCGUAACUCUCUGGCGCGUCGUUCACGCCCUGGUCGCCAUCGGCAUGGGCCUAUUCUUCAUCCUGACGACACAUUUCACCGGCAGCAAGAUUGAGCGCGAGCGCAUGGCCCUGGCGCACGAGCAGGAGGUGGAUGACGAGAUGGAAAGGCGCAAGAACUUGUUCUUUUGGACGUUUGCUACUGCCGAGGUCUUGCUGUUGUCGACGAGGCUGUUCCUCGACAAGAAGAGUACCAAUGCUACGGGGUUUAUCGCGACGGCUAUUUCGUACUUGCCGCAGCCGUAUCGGGGGUACAUUGAGAUUGGGCAGCGUUACAUCCAGAUCUUUACGACUGUGAGGACGGAUAUUCUGACUUGCAUUUUUGUGCUCGGGGUUGUCUCUUGGUGGCUUGGAUGAAGUAGCUCAGUGUUGUCUUUUUUUUAGUGAAGCAUCGUUUACGGGAAACGAAUCAUGAGCAUGAAGGAAGUUCUGAGUUGUUCUUUCUCAUUAUAAUACAAAAAUAGAAAAAUUAAUAUCAUCCAUACAACCAUUAACAAACAAUUUGCUUGUGCACCUCAUCUAAAUGUAAAUAUCCCAAAAAAGAGAUGCUGAACAAAAGAAAAAAAGAGAAAAGAAUAUCGUAUGCACAUCUCAGAGUCCAGUAUGAUAAAACCCCAUAGGCUCCUGUAUCCUUUAUUUUUUAUUUUAUUUCCUCAUUACCAUGCUCAACAACCCUCCCAUUACGCCUCUAACUCUUUUCGGAUUCUCGAGAGCACAUGUAAAUACAACUGCCGUGCUCGCCGCAAAUAUCAACUUCUCCCGCCACUGCUUCUCCAGGGGAUACCGACGCGGGACCAGCGUCGCCAACGCCCUUGGCGCCACGAACAAGGCCAUGUCUUUCCUUCUGCCCGCAUUCUCGAUGAAGACGCUCCAGCCGCAAAGGUAGCAUCCGGUGCCGACGCAGAGCCCUCCAUCGAUCCACUGGCGGGAAGGUAUAUCCUUGCCGAGGAUGCGGGGGCCGAGGCGAGUGCGGCCUAGGCACACGCCGUAGUAGAAGAGGGUGAUGAAGGUAGCAAGAAAAGUGGAUGAUCGGGUAGAGCCGGUGAUGGCCUUCAUCAGGUCGAUCCGCUUGGGAUUCCGCAGCUGAAGGGCCAGGGCAAGGGGCAGGUAGGUGAGCAUCGACCACUUCCACGAACGAAGGAAGCGGCUUAUAGCAUGAUAUUCACAUGAUGGGCCACACCCCAUAUGGACGAGGCCGCAGGGGAAAGGGAUUUCUGUAACGGGGUCACCCCAUUCUGUUGGCAGGCCGUAGU